CUGGUCCAGUAGUCUACAAUCUGACAGAUGACUGGUAACCUUCAGUCUAGCCUAUGGCUUCACCUUGCAUAUUUCAGCAGCAAAACCUCUGACUUUGGUAUUUUACGAAGAAAUUCUACUGAAGGUGUAAACUUGAUGUGGGAGAAUGAACUCAUUUGGGGGCAAUUCAACUCAUGAUGGAAGGGAGCUUGACAACCGCAGGUUCACUGUGGAAGGAUGUCCCAGUGGAGAGUCACCGGCAACUGUCGAUGUAAACCCCAGGAAAAGGCUUCAUUCAGCAGAGGACGCACGCUGCAGCAGCCGGCCGCCCCCUGAGGGCGCAGGCUCGGUUCCCAUCUCGGAGUCGGAGGAUAAGGGAAGCCUUUGCCAACAAUGUCAGAUGAAAGUUUCAGAGUUGAAGAAGCAAGCAACAGCCUUGGCAGAUCCAAGUUCGUUGAAGGACCCCGGAUAUGCAGCUUUCCUUUUUGAGCAGCUCCAAGCACCAGGAAGCCAUGAAGCGGGUGUCAGCUGUUGCCAGGUGUGCUCCACGCCUCUCCACCAACUGAGGCAGGAAGCCCUGCAGAUGCUCCAUGCCCCAGUCCUUCCCUUCAGCUCAGACAUGCCAGCCCUGCCUGCCACGUCCUUUUUACCGCAGCCUUCUAGAUUCACCAUCUCAUCCUCCAGUGCCCAUGUGAAACAGACCUCCAAAGCCCAACCUCUCACCCACACGGUCAUGGCCAUGGGGGAGCGGCGCAGGGGGCUGGGCUGGUCGCAAAGCUCCUCUGCCUCUUCAGGGCCUAAAACCAGCGUCCAGGUGACUGUCGGAGGAGGCCAGCUCACCGGAACCCUGAGCUCCGUCACCAUCCAGGCACAGCAGUACCUUGAGGGCAUGUGGAGCAUCUCGAGAGUCAACAAUUUCCUGCCUCAGCCCAGCCCUGCCCCGGGUCUGAUAGGAGACGCAGACAAGGAUGUUGCAGCCUCAGAGGCCCCAGUCACCACCAUGACCACUGCCGCCGCCGCCACUACCACCAGCACUGUCCUGACAGCCUGCCGACAGAGGAGCUCCAGCCAAGCAGGACAGUGUGUGGUUGCGCCCACAGCACCCACCACCGGUAUAUCCACCUCUUCCCCUCCCCCCUCGUCAACACAGAGCUCAUCUGCAGCGGCUUCCUUCUUCAUUAGGGCAGCUCAGAAGCUGAACCUGUCCUCCAAGCGGAAGAAACACCAGCCUUUACUGCUCCACCCUCAGGAGCCCUCCAUCUACCCCACCAACUUCAGCGGCAUCCUGCAGCUCUCGCCGCCCCCUGCCCCGCCAUGCCUGCUCCGGGCCGUGUCCAAGGUCAAAGAGAACCCCGGGAUGGGAAAGGUGAAAGUGAUGAUGCGUAUCUGCCCAUCCCUGGAGGCGGCUGACUCUUCUGAGUCGCAGUCCUUCUUGAAAGUGGACAGCAGGAAGAAGCAGCUGACCCUCUACGACCCUGCGUCCAGCCCGCACUCCAACUCAGGACACAGGAGAGCUGCCACUGUGGCUGUCCCAAAGAUAUUUGCCUUUGAUGCUGUGUUUACCCAGGAUGCCUCACAAGCUGAGGUGUGCUCAGGGACAGUGGCUGAAGUCAUCCAGUCUGUGGUGAACGGUGCGGACGGCUGCAUCUUCUGCUUCGGCCACGUCAAACUCGGCAAGACAUACACCAUGAUUGGCAAAGACAGCUCCACUCAGAGCCUGGGCAUUGUGCCCUGUGCCAUUUCCUGGCUCUUCAAACUCAUCAGUGAGCGCAAGGAGAAGGCAGGCACGCGCUUCUCUGUCCGUGUAUCCGCGGUGGAAAUCUUUGGGAAGGAUGAAGAGCUGAAGGACUUGCUGUCUGAGGUGUCCACAGGCAGCCUCCAAGAAGGCCAGUCCCCGGGCAUUUAUCUGAGAGAGGAUCCGAUCUGUGGCACACAGCUCCAGAAUCAGAGUGAGCUACGUGCUCCGACAGCUGAGAAAGCGGCCUUCUUCCUGGAUGCAGCCAUUGCUGCACGCAGCACCAGCAGGCCCAAUGCAGAUGAGGAGGAGCGACGCAACUCCCACAUGCUGUUCACAUUGCACAUUUACCAGUAUCGCAUGGAGAAGAGCGGCAAGGGAGGAAUGUCAGGCGGACGAAGCAGGCUGCACCUCAUUGACCUGGGAAGCUGUGAGAAGGUCCUGAGUAAAAGCAGAGACGGAGGAGGGGGCUUGUGUCUAUCUCUAAACGCGCUGGGAAAUGUCAUCAUGGCUUUAGCGAACGGCGCCAAACAUGUACCUUAUAGGGACAGCAAACUGACAAUGCUACUGAGGGAGUCCCUUGGGAACAUCAACUGCAGAACAACCAUGAUCGCCCACAUCUCUGAUUCUCCUGUCAACUACGCUGACUCGCUUACCACUAUCCAACUGGCCUCCCGCAUCCACCGCAUGAGAAAGAAGAAAUCCAAGUAUGCUUCCAGUUCAUCUGGAGGGGAGAGUUCUUGUGAAGAGGGAAGGAUCCGUCGGCCACCCCACCUCAGACCAUUCCAUCCUCGGACAGUAGCCCUUGACCCAGAUCUGCCCUCUCUGCUCAGUGACCCAGAAUAUUCCUCCAGUAGCGAGCAAUCUUGUGACACUGUCAUUUACGUUGGCCCUGGAGGAGCUGCGAUCUCAGACAGAGAGCUUAGUGACAAUGAAGGUCCUCCUGCUUUUGUUCCAAUCAUCCCCUCUCUCAACAAGAAGAAGUCUGCAAAAGAGGGCCCUCUGGACAGAGACCAGUUCUUCAAAUGCAACACAUUUGCAGAACUGCAGGAGAGGCUGGAGUGCAUAGAUGGCAGUGAAGAACCCACUGCUUUUGUCGGAGAGGGCAAGGGAAGCCAGGCUAGCCCCAAGAUGGACAAAUCCAAGGAGGGCCAAGUCCCUGCUCCACCAAAGACUGUAGCAAACAAUUCCUCCUCCCAGGAGAGCAUCUCACCCAAGCCAUCUCCUAAGUCUGUCACCUCUCAGCCAUUGUGCAACCCUCAUACAAAAUCUAAGCUGGACAAUGCUAAGAGGCAAUGCAUACCUGCAGAAAGAACACCAUCAGACAGUGCUUGCAGAACCAGUGCCGAUGGUGAGAAGGUUUUGGUGUCAGAGAAUUGGGCUAGUGCAAACAAACAGGCAACCACUGCAGCACCUAUCUCUGAACCUGUAGUGAGAGAAAAGGUCUACUUCAACAAGAAGCCCCUGCCUAAGCCAGCCCCUCCUCCACAGCAGAGAGACUCUUGCAAGACAAAUGGAGACAAUGAGGAGAGAUCUAGCACCAGAAUGCCCCCUGUUGGAAUGAGCCAUCAAGCUGUGAAAAGGGGGGAUCCUCUCUCUUCCCCUAUGCUCAGGGCUCCAGUGGAGGUAUGCCAGGUUCGCUCCACCUUGAGGGAGAGGUGUAUGGACCGGGACAUCCUCAGAGCCACUGUCACCUUGCAGCAACCUGUGGAGCUGAAUGGAGAGGAUGAGCUGGUGUUCACUGUGGUGGAAGAGCUGUCUAUAGGCAGCAUUGUAGAUAAAGGUCGACCAUCGAGCAUUAUCAGCUUUAACAGUGACUGCUCCCUUCAGGCUCUGGCCUCUGGCUCCCGGCCUGUCAGCAUUAUCAGCAGCAUCAACGAUGAAUUUGAUGCCUACACGUCAGCUGUAGGAGGAUCAGAGGUGAACAUUGAGGUGGUCACUCCCCUCCAGGAGGAAGCAAUGGUGUGUGCAGGCAGCAGGGGUUCAUCUAUCAGCUCUUGGCUUAGUGAGGUCAGUGUCUGCACCUUAGAGAGUGAAGGGGCUCAUUCUGCAGAUGUCUUCUUCCCACAGGCCAAACACAUAGGCCCAGAGGGCAUAAUUAACUUAGAUUCGCUGGGCAUGUUCCAUUGUGAACCUUCCCCUAGAGAUGCCAAGAACUCCUUAAAUGACAGUGGCUUUAGUUUUUCUGAACUAGACAGUGAUAGUGCCACUUCAAGCAAACUAUCCUUGACUAAGUGCCCCCCAUCUCCAGAAUCAGCCAAAGGGUCACUCAGAUUCACAUCUAAAAUGACUAAAGCUCACUCUCUUAGCUCCUCCCAACCUCCACACGGCCCCUCUAUGGUCCACUCUAGUCUUCCCAGGAAAAGUAAACCUACCUCAUCCAUCUCCCACAGUAGCAGCAACAGCAGUAGUAGUAAAGAGCCACCAAGGCAGGAGACUAAGCAAGGGGAUUUGUGGCAGCGCAUGGACAACCACUCAGAACCUCAGUUCUCAAACACGGACACCAAUAGCACCAGCAAGCUCCUGAAAAAUACCCCAAGUGGCAUCCCUUCCCGCAAAACGUCCAUCAACAGCAACAGUAUACCUCGCCCAUCCAAGGUGCAGGGGUCUACCUCAAAUUACAGGGUGGUCGAUGGCUGUGAGAAAUCAGCCAGUAAGAGAGCCGAUCCCCCCAGCAAAAUGCCUCAACUGAGAAGAGGUGCCACCACCCUGGGAACUGUGCCCGUCAUCCAUGCAUCCACAGAGUCCAAGGGAACCCAGGAUAUUACUGCAUCCACCAUUGGUCUUAAAUUCUCCUCAUUGGGAAAAAACAGCAAGACUAACUCGCAGAAAGCGAGCAAUAUCCCGAAAUCUGGUGGCACCUCGCCACCGCCUCCUCCGGUGCGAAAGUCCAGUCUUGACCAUAAGAACAGAUCCCUGCUGCCCCAAAGUGCCUUAAAGUCAGCAUAUGGGGAGGCAGGGAGGGCCUCUGGAGCAAGGGCAGUUGUAUCAGAGGAUGAGCUAGAGGUACGACACAGAGUAGAUUCCAGUUUCAAAACCUCCAGCCUCAAGUCUGACCUCACCUCAGCCAAAGUUACCUCCAGCCUAAAGGCAAGAGGACCUAGAUGUGAGGCUGGGCAGCACUAUGGCAGUCAGAUGUCCCUGGAAAGGUCUGAUAGCUUGUCCUUAUCAGGUUCCAGACCUGCUCUUAGUAGGGAGAACAGUGGGGCCAGUUUGGGGAGCAGCAGUAGCAAGUCCAGCAGGUCUAUUCCGAGAUUUGGCAUUCCCAACUCAUCCAGCUCUCCUAUUGCUACCUCCCCACCAUCCCCAUGUGGAGGCCCAGCAGGUAUUGGCAAACCUGGUCAGAUAAAAGCUAAUGUAAACACCAGGACAUUAGGAGGAGUCAAUGGAAAUAAGGCUCGCACACUGUCAGCCAACAGCUCUAAAGGCCUAAGCUCUUCCACCAAGUCUUUAGCAGCUCCAGCAACCAGAAAUACCAGUGCCAACCUCCCUCCAUCAGGAAGAACAUCAGCCCCUCGCACCACAACUGCUGUCAGCAGCAAACCUGGGAGAGGAACUAUCAUGGGCACCAAACAGGCCAUGAGGGCUGCCAACAGCCGUGUGAGCGAGCUGGCAUCAGGCAACACAUCAGGCAAACAUUUGAGAGUUUCUGGAGAUUCAGACAGCGGUAAUGACAGUGGGGUGAAUGUGAGCGAUGACAAAUCCCCCAUAGCCAUGCUGCCCUCUCCGUACAGCAAGAUUACAGCACCCAGGCGGCCUCAGCGCUACAGCAGUGGCCAUGGCAGUGACAACAGUAGUGUGCUGAGUGGGGAGCUGCCCCCAGCCAUGGGCCGCACAGCUCUUUUCUACCACAGCGGUGGCAGCAGCGGAUAUGAGAGCAUGAUCCGUGACAGUGAAGCCACAGGCAGUGCUUCCUCUGCCCAUGACUCCAUGAGUGAGAGUGGCAUGUCAUCUUCAGGCAGAAUGAGGAGCUCCAAGUCUCCCAAGAAGAGAUCAAAUGGUUUCCAGAGAAGACGGCUCAUCCCGGCACCCAUGCCAGACACGUCUUCCCUGGGGAAAAAGGUGGGCACAGCAGGCCAGUGGGUGGACUUGCCCCCUAUGUCUGGACCGCUGAAAGAGCCCUUUGAGAUUAAGGUGUAUGAGAUUGAUGAUGUGGAACGACUCCAGAGGCGGCGACAGGAGGAAACUACAGAGCAACCAUUCCAGGAUGUAGAAAAGGGCCUGCUGUAUUUUAACAGUAAGCUGAAGAUGCUGGAGAGAAGGCAACAGCAAGUGAAAGAACUGAGAGCAAAGCAUGAAGCGUUGUGGGAGGAGCUGGAGGAGACCAAGGUCCGGCUGAUGAUGGAUCCUAGCAAGUGGAUAGGAGAGUUUGAGGUGGACCAGGAUUUGGAUAAAGAGUCUCCAGAGUACCUGGAGGCUUUGGAACAAGUUACUGAAGAGCUGGAGUUCUGUGUCAACCUAUGCAAGUCCCGUGUCAUGAUGGUGACCUGCUUUGACAUCAGCAUGUCAUCGUCUGGCACGCAGGAGGGACUGCGUGAAGUCGAAGUCUGAGGACAAAAGAAGGUAGAGAUGGUGAACUGAGGAAGUGAAGAAGACAAAAGAUGAUGAAAUGUAGCAGCCAGUUUAUAGAUGUGACUGGAAUGGGAGGACAAGAAACAAAAGACAAAAGAUGAGAUGAGAGUGGGUCCUUGCAUGAAAACAGAGGAAAUCUUAACCACUUAAUCUGCAGUGCCUCGUUGUCCAGGGCAUGUUGUAAUGGGAGAGAAACGAAACAUGUGUACAAAUGCUGUUGCCUGCAUGGCAAGACAGCGGCCAUCACUUACUCAAGAGUCUUUGAACAACACCUGGAAGUGCCUUUUUUACUCGUCUUGUUUUGAGUCAUUAUUUUUCGUAUGGUGCAGGUAUCUUAACAAGCAUACCUAAGCAAACCCUGAACAUAUUCCUUUUAAGAAAAAAUAUUUUAUAUUGCAUUGUAUAGUGUAUUUAUAUGAUUAUGUGGUGUGUAUAAAUAUCCUUUGUAGUUAAAAAAAAAAAAAGAAAUAAAGAGGAAAAAAAGCAAAAGCAAUAAGCUAAUGUUAUUGCGCUCCCAGACUUUGCCUUUUCUCAUAUUCCAAACCUCAGUCAACGUUUCAUCCAUGUUCAUCCAGCCUCUUGCGCCUUAUGUUAACUCUCUGGUUCUGUAGUUUUAUAGCUUUUCAAACUGGUCUAUGUUAUCUCAUCAAGGACUACAUUUGCUGUUAUCACUCAUCCACUGCCAGCUGGCCUGUGAAAGCUAGCAGGGUUGAGUGAAUGUUUUCUCCCUCCAGUUGCCUUGAUCAAAAUGGGUCUCAGUGGAUGCACUAAGAUAGAGCAGCAGUUAUGUCGGGGAGGACUAAGAGCUUAUUCAAGCUGUGGUUGGCCAUGUUUAUCUAACUGAAAAUGAGGGAACACGCCAAAACAUAUCAAUCAGAGGCCACUGUGAUGGCUAGUUAGUGCUUAUUCACGAUUUAGCCAGUCUUUCUUGUGCCUCACCAUGUGGCUGGGGGACCUCAAGUAACCCCACUGUGAGAGAUCUGACGUUUCCUCCACUAUGCGGCUAUCAUGAUGAGAAGUUGUAGUCUUUGUGGUGCACAUUAGUGAGCCCAUUUUCUCUUCAAAUCGGCUUGGAUUGGGUGCAACAUAUACAGUGUAAACAACAAAGAGGCACAGAUGAAAGUCCACUGGCCACUUAUAGUGUACUCUUUCAAGCAAAGCCAAGCCUCGGUUCUAUGCAUUUCAGUAUACUGGAAGAACCUCAAUACAGAAUGCAGGGCAGCAGUACACAGUGUCACUGCCCCACCAUGCUCUGGUCUAAGCACACUUGCCUCUUUUGUUUCGACUCUUCUCUUCACACGGAAAGGCAGGCUAACAAAUUUGGCUCAGUAUCUCAAUCGAGGACUAUGGAAUUGUCAGACGAGUUUCCUGUGAAAUGAUGCAGUGAAUAAGAACAAAUGAUUGUGACAUUGUUUAUCAAAAUCAAUCGCGAUACCAGCUCUUUGUGGCUGCCAGAAUGUGCUUGUUAUGACAAAUGGCUGAAAACAGUGAGAACAAAGGUGAUCAGUGAAAUGGUUAUUAAUUAGCAAACUGACAUUGCUGUAUUUUGGUGUGUUUGAUUUCUAUAACGGACAAAUUUGUUUUCUUUCUUUUACAAAGAUAUACUCUCUCAGGCCCUCUCUGAAGAUGCUGCAUGAGAUUUUUUUAAUCAUUUUUAAGGAUGAUUUCUACUCCAUUUUUACCAUUCUAAUUUUUUAUAAUAACCUCAGUUUUCACUAAUGUGGGGUUAGGCUCAUGAAUUAAAAACUAUUACCAAACCAAGACCUUUUUCCAAGAAAUUAUUAUAUGUAAGGUCAUAUUUCAUAUCAAAACUCAUAUUUUCGAAUAUCCUUGGUUUUGUAUAGGAUUUUCAAAUCCUGUGUAUAAAAUGUAUGAUAUGGCAGCUUGUG